UGAUGAGGUUUUCUCAGCUGUUCCCUUUAGAGGGCGAUCCUGCCACACACAUCUUCAGCGGGCCAACUUCUGGGAGCUGCAGUGCGAGGUGAAGCCGCCCGGAGGUCAGCGGAACAUGGUGGCUCUUCUGGAGCUCUGCAAAGCUACGGACAUGAACGGAGCUGCAGUCUGGUCCAGGCAGUUCUGGUUGAAUGUGUUCUGCUUCCUCAGGCAGUUGCCAAGCUGCUCCCAGAGGUUGCGAAUACAACUCCAACAGCCCCCAAAUUCUUGGAGAGCUGCCCGCAAAAGACAGAGAUUCAUGUGCCUUUCUUCCCGAAUUAACCUCCAGCGUGUGUGCCGCUGCUUUGCUGUUGACCCCAUGCCUUUGCUGUUGCAUAAAGGGUUCUCCUUGCCCAGAAGAUCCAGCUGCCAGCACACUUUAGGAGGCUCCAAAUUCAUUAUCGGUGCUCUAACAUCUCCCUCCAAGAGGCUGCAGUUUGGCACAGGCAGUGCCUUUGAUGUCUGGGCUUGGCCAGCACCUCGUGCUGUAGGAUCCCAAGUUCAUCGCUGGGGCAUUUCAGCUUGGGAUCAAUGCUGUGAGUGCUCCCAGAGAUGCUUUUCUUUCCCAGCCCUGAGGUUCGUGGUUGGUGAAACUCAGCAGGAGCUGGGGAGCUCAGUGGAGCGUUGUGCCUGCAUGGGAGUGGGGCAAGAAACGGGCAGGAUGUGGGGGCUUCCAGUUGCUAGCCCAUUGCCUCUCCUUCCUCUUCUACAUCAGUAAGCACUGCCAGCACCUGGUGCAUUAACACAGCAGAAACCCUAGAUACUCUCUGAAUACGCAGCUGGUAAAGUGACUUCAGUUCAGCUUCUCUCAGUUGAAGGGUGAGAGCUGCGUCCUGGCUGGGCUCCAAGCUGAGGGGGGCCUGGUGGGGAUCUGAAGCCCUGGGUACAGAGGGUUUGCUGGAGACCAGUGGCUGCUCUCCAGGUUCCAAGCCUUGGAGCAUCUGCCCCCAUGGGGAUCCUGGGGAAAGGGGCCAUUCUUCUUAAUGCGGGGUAGACCUUGGGCUGAGAAAAAGAGACCGUGUCUU